UCAUGUCUCAUGAUUUCGCCACCUAAUCUUUGAUGCAGGCUGCUGAAUGUACCUGGUCACAGUUCGAGAUGCCUAGACCACUUUGCUUCAAAUCCCCAACAUCAACAACACUAUUCUCUAAUUUCUCAAAACAUUUUCAAAAGGCUUCUUCUGAUUCUCCUUUCUUCAGAUCUAACAGGAGAAUCAACAAUUACCCAUCGUUCAUAGCCACCAUGUCUUCCGUUUCCAACCAGAAAGACCCUGUUUCUACUCCCGAUGGGACUCCUCAAAUCACCCAGCCACCAGUUCAGGUUGCAAAGCGACUGGAGAAGUUCAAAACUACAAUUUUUACUCAGAUGAGUAUGCUUGCAAUCAAGCAUGGAGCAAUAAACCUCGGCCAAGGGUUCCCCAACUUUGAUGGUCCAGAUUUUGUAAAAGAAGCGGCAAUUCAAGCCAUUAAAGAUGGGAAAAACCAAUAUGCUCGAGGAUAUGGAGUUCCAGACUUCAACAAUGCCAUAGCUGCCCGCUUCAAGAAGGAUACUGGACUUGUGAUUAACCCUGAGAAGGAAGUUACAGUUACCUCUGGGUGCACUGAAGCUAUUGCUGCAACCAUGUUAGGCUUGAUUAAUCCAGGUGAUGAGGUGAUCCUCUUUGCUCCAUUUUAUGAUUCUUACGAAGCGACGUUAUCUAUGGCUGGUGCCAAAAUAAAAUGCAUCACGUUGCGCCCUCCGGAUUUUGCUGUUCCUAUAGAUGAGCUUAAGUCUGCUAUCUCAAAGAACACUCGUGCCAUUCUUAUAAACACUCCACAUAAUCCAACUGGGAAGAUGUUUACUCGUGAGGAGCUCAAUACCAUUGCAUCAUUGUGCAUUGAGAAUGAUGUCUUAGUUUUUACGGACGAAGUUUAUGAUAAAUUAGCUUUCGAAAUGGAUCACAUUUCUAUGGCAUCACUUCCUGGAAUGUACGAGCGAACAGUGACAAUGAACUCCUUGGGGAAGACAUUCUCCCUAACAGGGUGGAAAAUUGGGUGGACAAUAGCUCCUCCACACUUGACUUGGGGAGUGCGGCAAGCACACUCAUUCCUUACUUUUGCCACUUCCACUCCAAUGCAGUGGGCAGCUACAGUCGCACUCUGUGCCCCUGAUUCCUACUUUGAGGAAUUAAAGAGAGAUUAUAUGGCAAAGAAGGCAAUUCUGGUACAGGGCUUGAAAGAUGUUGGGUUUAAGGUGUUCCCAUCGAGCGGAACAUACUUUGUUGUUGUAGAUCACACCCCUUUCGGUUUGGAGACUGAUAUUGCGUUCUGUGAGUAUCUGAUCAAGGAAGUCGGAGUCGUGGCAAUUCCAACUAGUGUAUUUUAUUUGAACCCGGAAGAUGGUAAGAAUUUGGUGAGAUUUACCUUCUGCAAGGAUGAAAAAACUUUGAGGUCCGCGGUUGAGAGGAUGAAGGAGAAGCUGAAGAAAAAGUGAUUAAAACACUCGGAAUUAGAUUUUCCGGCUAAGGUAUGUCACUAGAACAUAGAUUUCCGUUUUUCACUCCGAGAUAAGUUGUUAUCCUCCAAAAUCAAUCUGGAUUUAGGUUGAGCAAUGACUCAAACCAAAUCUAUAACUUUAAACUGAGUAAUAGAAUUCAAUGUAGGUGUUAACCGAGUGACUAUUCAUGGAUGAAUAUGCAGUAGUUUGUGCUUAAUUACUUGUACUGAAUUGAAGUUCGAGUGAUAUACCUUCGGCAA